UCAGUAAGUCGCGUGCAGCGCGUAUCGGAGAAAAUCAAAAGCUAUGAUCAGUAUAAUCAAAAGAGAAAAGAAAUGGCAGAGAAGCACGUACCUUCAAGAAAUUACACAGGUGGACCUCACGGACUGGGCAAUCCUGAUGACUUGUCUUUGAGAAAACUAGAAUUACAAGUUAUUAUACCCAAAAAAGUACGUGACCGAUCGAGGAAGGAAAAGUGCGCUGAAGAAGUUGAAGCUUUCAGUAAAUGCUGUUCCAGUACUGGUUUCUUAAUGGUAGUGAAAUGCCGUGAGGAAAAUAAUGUAAUGAAAGAAUGUUUGACAAAAUGGUUUCAUAAUCCAGAGUUUUUCGAAGAAUGUAAACAAGAAUAUCUGGCUGAAAGAAGUGAAUACAGAAGGACAGGUAUUGCCAAAAAUCCCAGAACACAACCAUUGGGUACUAACAGAAUAGGGUCUAGUAUGUAAAUAAUUGUGUUUUUAUCAGUACCAUUUGCCCACAGAAUUUGUAAUUACUUUGUAACUUUAAACAAAAGAUCAUUCAUGCUCUUAAAUCGCUUCGUUUAUGUAUAUGUUAAAACACGAAAACUACAAAGUGAUGUCAAGUCAACUAUGGACUAUAUUCGUUAGGAAUAAUUAGCAAUAAAUCGUGAAAUUUAAAGAUUGU